CAUCAACCUUUCAUUGGUAAGUUAUCAUUCACACACAUUCCAUAGCUAUAGCUUCCAAUGGCUUCAACAGAAGACCUGCAAGCAUACGAAGAAGAGAAUCUCCUUCUGUCCCUUCCCAAAGAGAAGGGUUGGGUAGCACAACAUCUCUAUCUCUUUCAAGACUUUUGGUAUCCAUCAAAUUUUAUUGAAGGUGUAAUCAAUUUUCAAAAGCACUUUCAGGCAAAAGACAGUGAUGUUAUUGUUGCCACCGUUCCAAAAUCAGGUACUACUUGGUUGAAAGCCCUUACUUUUUCUAUUAUCAACAGACAACGUUUCUCAUCUUCUCAUAAUCAUCCAUUACUCACUUCCAAUUCUCAUGAACUUGUUCCUCCCCUUGAAUUCAUCUUUCAUGUUGAUAACAUCCCAGACAAGCUUUCUGACCUCUCCAAUAUGACUGAACCAAGAGUUUUUGGUACUCACGUUCCAUUCCCUUCCCUCCCCAAAUCAAUUAAGGAAUCCAACUGUAAGAUAGUUUAUAUCUGCAGAAAUCCAUUUGACACUAUUGUUUCACUUUGGAUCUUCGCCAAUAAAAAUAACCCUCUGAAUGAACUAACAAUCGAGGAAACUCUAGAAAAGUACUGCAAGGGAAUACUCGGCUUUGGUCCGACUUGGGAGCAUAUGUUAGGUUACUGGAAAGAGAGCAUAGCAAACCCUAACAAGGUUCUGUUCUUGAAGUAUGAAGAACUCAAAGAAAAUGCAAAUUUUUACGUGAAAAGAGUUGCAGAAUUCCUGGAUUGUCCCUUCACUGAAGAAGAGGAAAGUAACGGAGUGAUUGAAAGCAUAAUCAAUUUAUGCAGUUUGGAGAAAAUGAAGAACCUAGAAGUCAAUAAAGCUGGAACAUUUUGCGGGAACUUUGAGAAAAAAUACUUGUUUCGGAAGGGUGAAAUAGGAGAUUGGGUAAACUACUUUUCCCAAGCUAUGAUAGAAAAAUUAUCCAAAACAAUGGAAGAAAAAUUAGGGGGAUCUGGUCUUUCCUUUAAAACGUCUUCUUAAAAUUUGUUGUUAUAUUUGUUACCUGUGACUGUUACUUCUGCUUCGUGUUCUGAUUGUAGGUACCUUUUUAUUAUUUGGAUUU